AUGCUCAGUGCAGAGGAUAUCGCCAUCAUGAAGCAGAUGCAGAAGCACGCGAAGCAACUCAAAUCACUUCGCGGUGUAUUCAAGGAAAUCGACAACGACCAGUCGAACCUUGUGAGUCUCGAGGAGCUGAAGGAGGCGCUGAAAGAGAAGAAGCUUGCGAGUUUUCUGGAGUCCAUGGACAUCUCCACCCAGGACAUUUGGACGUUGUUCAUGGUCAUGGACUCAGAUGGGAGUGGCGACGUCACCCUGGAGGAGUUUGUGACGGGCUGUAUGCAGUUGCAGGGUCCGGCGCAGAGCAUCCAGCUGGCGCGGAUGAGGCACGAGCACCUCAAGACCCGCAGCGAUCUGCUCCAUGUCGGGGCCGAGGUCAAGGCUAUUCGAGCGCAGCUUUACGAUCUCCUGAGAGGGUGCCCGGAGCUCCGUCUUUGA